AUGCCGUCGACGACCAAUAUUUUUGGAUUCUACAGAUACCUUAUAAAAAUCUCGCCGUUGAAUUGCGGAAACGGACCAUUUCGAAUCGUCGGCGUCCUGGGAUCCCUCGUCUCGAUCGCGUUGCUCUUCUUCCGAAUCAUCUAUCUGUUCGUCAACGUGUCCGAAAAGACGCUCUCGCUCGGAUGGGCCGAGAAGAACGUCAGUCUGUUCAUGGCGUUCGAGUCGCUCGCGUGCCUCAUCGCCGUCUGUCGAAUCACGGCGAUGAGGAGCGUCGAGCGCGUCGAAGAGCACAUCAACAAUCUGAAAAUGCUUCGGCGAACUUGCUAUUCCGAGGUCCACGACAACUAUCAGAAGACGUGGACGAUGAUUCUGAUCUACUUUGCCAUUAUUCUAAUCGGCGUCGGAUGCAAUGCCGGCUAUCUAGCCACCGAAUCCUCCUACUACUUCAUCAUCGAUCCGGCGGUGAGCUUCAUCUGCGUCUACACGAAUUGCCUAUUCAUCGCCUACAACAUUCUAAUGCACGCGGCGAUCGAUCGCGAGGUGAUCGUCUUCAAUGAAGAGCUCAUGGAGGCCGCCAACCUCAAACAGCUAGCGGACCAUGACGUCUUCUCGCGAUUCGCCGAUCGUCAAGUCCAACUCCAUCAGAUGGCCAACACGAUGGCCGAUCGGCUUGGGACCAUGAUGCACUAUGCCCCGUUCACCGGCUCGCUAGCCCUUCUCAACGGCACCUUCAUCACAAUGACGUACAGCUACCUCACCCCAACCAUUUAUUUCGUCUUCCUCAUCUUCUACUCAAUAUCGCUUACCACCAUCCUAUCAGCUCUUCUCAUUCCUCCAGCUCGCAUCCAAGAUACGCUUCUCAAAACCAGCCAAAUUCUCAUGUCCGACGGGGUUCUCCAAACAUCGGACCAUCCGAAAAUCUAUCAAAUCUAUCGAAUGAUGGUUGAUCGAAGUCGGUACAAUCGAGCGCGAAUGCACUUCAUGCACAUAUUCGCCAUCAAUUUGGUCAACGUGAAACGGACGCUCUUCACCAUCGCCCAUCUCGCCGUCGGGUUGUCGAUUCUCAAAGCGAUUGUCAUUCAUUGA